GCUGGCUCUCAGAGCUUCCAACGUCUCCGCGGACCAGCGGCUGGGCCAGGCUUAGGGCUCAUUUGCCCCGCCCCGCUGCCCGCGCCUUCGCCAUCGCGGCGUCCACUUCCUGGCCCUCCCCACUUUUAGCGAAACCAACGAGAGAACACCGCCCACAUCUAGAGCAGCCCGACCAGGAGCGUAACCGAGGGGCGCGCAAACCUGAGAGGAAAGCCGUGGGCAGUUGCGCUUUCCCACCCCUGAGUCGUUCUAGACGCGGGAAAAAAUGCUUUCUGAAAGCAGUUCAUUUUUGAAGGGUGUGAUGCUGGGAAGCAUUUUCUGUGCCUUGAUCACUAUGCUAGGGCACGUUAGGAUUGGUUAUGGAAAUAGAAUGUUCCACCAUGAGCAUCAUCACCUACAAGCUCCUAACAAAGAAGAUAUCUUGAAAAUUUCAGAAAAUGAACGCAUGGAGCUCAGUAAGAGCUUUCGGGUAUACUGUAUCAUCCUUGUAAAACCCAAAGAUGUGAGUCUUUGGGCUGCAGUGAAGGAGACUUGGACAAAACACUGUGACAAAGCGGAGUUCUUCAGUUCUGAAAAUGUUAAAGUGUUUGAGUCAGUUAACAUGGAAACAGAUGACAUGUGGUUAAUGAUGAGAAAAGCUUACAAAUACGCCUUUGACAAAUACAGAGACCAGUACAACUGGUUCUUCCUUGCACGCCCCUCAACGUUUGCUAUUAUUGAAAACUUAAAGUAUUUUUUGUUAAAAAAGGAUCCAUCACAACCUUUCUAUCUAGGCCACACUGUAAAAUCUGGAGACCUUGAAUAUGUGAAUGUGGAAGGAGGAAUUGUCUUAAGUAUAGAAUCAAUGAAAAGACUUAACAGCCUUCUCAGUGUCCCUGAAAAGUGUCCUGAACAGGGAGGGAUGAUUUGGAAGAUAUCUGAAGAUAAGCAGCUAGCAGUCUGCCUGAAAUAUGCUGGAGUGUUUGCAGAAAAUGCAGAAGAUUCUGAAGGAAAAGAUGUAUUUAAUACCAAAUCUGUUGGGCUCUUUAUUAAAGAGGCAAUGACUAAUCAACCCAAUUUGGUAGUACAAGGAUGUUGUUCAGAUAUGGCUGUUACUUUUAAUGGACUGACUCCUAAUCAAAUGCAUGUGAUGAUGUAUGGGGUAUACCGUCUUAGGGCAUUUGGACAUAUUUUCAAUGAUGCAUUGGUUUUCUUACCUCCAAAUGGUUCUGACAAUGACUAGGAAGUAAAACAAGAGCAUGUAUGUGAUCACCUUAUAGGACACGUGUUGUCAUUAUUUGUAGUAACAAUUACGUAUCUAACACAGCAGUAUGUUUCUUUUUUCCUUUUCCAUUUGGUGACACUGGUUUAAUCACAUAUUAAAAUUUAGUAGUACACUUUUAAAUAUGGUGGGUUUUUUCCUUAAAACAUAUAUGAAAAUUUCAAACAUGCUGGAAGAAAUGUUUUAAGAAUAGUACUUUUGCAAAUAAAGCAUAUAUUUAUAAAUAUAUUUAUGUGAUAAAUUCUAAAUUAUGAACAUUAAAAUCUGUGGCACAUAUUUUUGCUGAUUGCUUAAAAUGUUAACGUCUUUUUGGCUAAGAUAGGCAAACAAAUCUGUAGUUGUGAACUUCUGAUUAAAGUAAAACUUUCAGCUGUGUUUCCAUUACUUCUAAUGUUGGUUUAUUUUCUAAGCCUCUGCAAGUGCCAGUGAAUUUGCUUUCUCAAACUACACAACCAAGCAACAAAGGAAAUUAUCUCAACCAGUGUAAAAAUGGAAGUUGGAAUCUAUCCUUGUGAGAAAAAAUCAUAAUUACUUGUAGAGUUUAAUAUUUCCUGGGAGCUAAUAUAAUGGCAUUCCUCAGCAUACACAAUUUCAGUGUAACUCCUGUGCUUCUCUAGGCAGAUAUUGAAGUUGGAGUGAAUGACUAUCAAGAAUGUAAUGUCAUUUAACUGUGUGGUUUCCCAGUUCAUCAAGCUCUCAGCUGUGACUCAGAUAAAACUAUAUCAGUUGAUAUUUAUAUAUUGCUUGGCAAAUGAGUUCUGUGGAAGUCUCCUUUAAAAAACUUGACCAUGUCUCAGCCUUUUGGCUAAGAUCGAGUGUGCGUAUUCUUACCACUUUAACAUCCAAUACAUCUCUCUCUGAGAACAAUGUAUUACAUGGAUUUUUGGAGCAGGGGGAUAGAACAGGAACUUGCCCCAUCCAUGCCUGCAUUAACCUGGUAUUAUGUUAUCUCUGGGAAUGGUGUGCCACCUCGGACAAAAAAAAAAAAGCUUUUGGCAAUCAGGCAGUUUCAUUUACCUGAGUUAGUUAAGUCCUUCCUGUUUUUGUUCACCUGUUAAAAUUUUGACAUUUUCCCUAUGUUUAUGUUUGCACAAUAUCCAACUGGUUUUGGUGUAGAAGGCUUAACCUCACUAUUCACCUUGGAUGACCAUAUCAUUUGCCUAAUUUCAGUGGCUACCCAGAAGCUUUAUCCAGUGGUAAAUACAAUAGCUCCUGUGCUUGUAAAUGUGUAAAAUACUUAGAGCUGACUUGUCCUAUAAUUGGGCCUUUUUCUGCUCUAUUAAGUUAGAUCUAUAAACACCUAUAGGGUGUGAGAUCAUGACAUUUUAGAGCUCAACAUUUCUUGUAAACUGGGCUCAUGAUGAUAAUGGUCUCCCACAGCUUUUGCAAACCAGAAAGAAUUUCCUCAAGAGGACCUUAGAUAUCAAAUUGUUGAUCAGAAUAGCAUGUAAAAACCAUUUGUUUUAAUUUAUCUAAUUUUCCUUAUUGGGGCUUUUGGGUUAAAAUGAAGCAUUAUUAAUUUUGAAAAAUAAUAAAACCACUUUAUCAGGCACCCUAAUAUGUGGUCUCAGAUGCAAAUUAUCACAUAUCAAAUCAUGUUCAGUGUGAUUCCAAUGAUAAAUAGUAUCUCAUUGACUGUAACACCCAGUCAAUGCUUCCAACACCACUAUGUUACAUUUCUACUAUAUCACCUUGAGUUAUGUAAGUGUAUCAAGGUAUAGUUGUAACAAAUAUAUCAGUGAAUGCAUUCCAUUGUUUGAUUUCCUAAUGGGUGCUAAGGUAACAAUUGCUUUUUAAACCAAAUUGAUGUUUUUUAUUAUAUUUUUAUACAUAAGUAUUUCUUUAUAAAAUGUUAGUUGUCUUAAAUAACAUGCUGUCUCUUUGAAUUUAUUUAUACCCAGUCUUGUAGAUAAAAUAUGAUUCUGUAACAUAGAAAAUAGUAUUACUGAGGUUAUCAUUACAUAUUUGCUCACCAUGCAUUCAACAGCCAAAAACUGUAAAUCUAACCCCAUUCUGUUACUUGUGGAGAGAAUGGGAAGAAUGAAAGUCUGAUGGAAAUUGAUCAUGAUAGUGAAUGUAUUUUACAUAUGUCUAGUGGCUACCAUGCUAGACAACACAGGUGUAAUGCAUUACAGAAGUGUGAGACCCACUGACUGAAAUGCAAAUGAUAAAAAAGUUGAAGUUUCUUCUAAAA